UCGCUAAUCGGGGGCGAGCGAACGGACACGAUGGGCACCGUGACCGCGGGGAUUUCCGUAUCCGCCGCCGCGGCGGUGGUGGUGCCCCGCCCAGCCGGCCGCCAACGCCACCGCGGCCCCGCCGCCUUUCGCUGCUCGGCCUCCGCGGCCAGCGAGCGGCAGGCGCUCUUCAGCCGCAUCGCCCCCGUCUACGACCAUCUGAACGACGUGCUCAGCCUGGGGCAGCACCGGACGUGGAAGCGCAUCUGCGUCUCAUGGUCGAGGGCGAAGAUGGGGGAUCGGAUUCUUGAUCUUUGCUGCGGGAGCGGGGAUUUGGCGUUCCUGCUGUCUCAGAAGGUCGGCUUAGAUGGAGAGGUGAUGGCCGUCGAUUUCUCGAGGCAGCAACUGCAGACUGCUGCUGACCGUCAGGAGCAACGCUGGAAGCUGUGCUACAAGAACAUCAAAUGGAUAGAGGGUGAUGCACUUGAUUUACCGUUCACAGACUGCUACUUUGAUGCUGUAACGGUUGGCUACGGAUUGCGUAAUGUGGUUGACAAGUCCAGAGCAAUGCAAGAAAUAUUUAGGGUCCUGAAACCAGGAUCAAGAGCAUCUAUUCUUGAUUUUAACAAGAGCUCAUCACUUUUCACGGCAUCAUUACAGAGUUGGGCAAUCGACAAUGUUGUGGUUCCUUUGGCUAGUGGCUAUGGACUCACUGAAGAAUACAAGUACUUGAAGAGCUCCAUAUCACAGUAUCUAACAGGAGAAGAGUUGGAGAAAUUAGGCAGAGAAGCUGGUUUCACUGUAGCCAAGCACUACGAGCUUGGUGGAGGGCUCAUGGGGAACCUAGUAGCAACUCGAUGAGUAGAAUACCGCAAGAAAUCAUUCCAAGUGCGAGUCCCCUGGAUGUUUAACUGAUUACAUGUCCCAUCUCUAUCGAAAUGUCAUGUUGUGCCGAUCUCAAAUUAAGCCGUGGAUAAAGACUGAUU